AUGGACGACUUACUAGCGAAAAUCGCAUCGCAAACCGUCACUUUUGCAAUACGCUCCGGUAUUGGUGUAGCUAGUAGCUUCGCGAUAGGCCAAUGCACCCGAUAUAUACGCGCGAUUAGGGGAAGUGAACGAACGGAGAUUAUGAUGUUGAAGGAUCGGUUAGAUAUAAAGAUCAAGGUCGUCUCGCCAGCAAUAGACCUUGUCGAGAUAUUGGCAGCACGAGGGAAUACUUCCCUAGAAUCAGCGAUGGCCCUGACAAAAAGCCUAAGGGAGGAUAUCGAGAGUCUCGGGGUACGAUUGCUCAGCGCCGCAGAAGCUGAAGAGAAGCACAAAGGCACUCGGAAGAAGGGCCAGCAUGAUAAAGAUACAGCCAAGAAAAUAAUAGCUGAAAUUAAGGAUCUGACCAAACGGAUAGAGGACGCUGUACCCUUGAUAUCAUUAUCUGUCACGGCGUCGGGGGCCUCGCUCUCAACUGCCAUGCCUGAAAGCGUUUCGCCGUCCCGUCUCCUCCAAGCAUCCACGAUAUUAACCAUAGCGGACCAAAUGUACAUGCAAAACCCAUUCCACGAACGGCAAGUCGGAAACGCUUUCACGUUGACGCUAUAUCAACUCUUUGCCGGGCACGCGCACCGCACAGGGCCAAAGGUAGAUGAGUUCACAUGGCAAGAGGUUGCCUUCAAAUGUAAGGUCAAGAUAUUAAGAGUACCAUUACAUUAUGGUGGUAGCGAGGCAGAUAAUGACCUUGGCGCCGGUCAGCCCGGGCAGUACAUGCGAGGUGUUGAGAAAACCGACGAAUACGCAUAUGAACUUCGGAUUGUCGAAGAUUUAGAUGACGGUAGAGUGCAUGAGGACGAAGGAGAACCUUUCGACGAGGUUCAGAACGCUGGUAGACGACUUAGCGUGCCAAUCCACCAAAUAUCUAAGAUAUUCUACACAAACUCUGGAAAGCUACUCGGUAUCGAUUCUAUAACUCCAGUAUUGUUGUUGAAGCGUAAUCCUCUUGCGGACCCUCCGAGGCGUCUAUUGGAAAGGAUCGGUCGCUAUGAACGAGAUGACGACGAGGACGACCUAUCUGAAGCCGAUGGGCCUUCCGCACAGCUCCAUGACAACCUCGAUGCCAACAAUUCAAUUCACCAUGAGCCACAUAAUAAAAAGUGGGAUUUUCCAGAACAUCUCGACAAAGAAUGGCUAGCGUUUGAGCUUUGGCAAGAACCAGGAGAUAGCGACGAAGACGACGAAGACGAUGAAGACGAUGAAGAUGAUGAAUUAGAAGCAUCCGCUAGCAAAGACACACGCAAGGAAACAAACUACAGUAUUUCAUCUUUGAUUCCCGGAUUUUCAAAUUUACUUCGAGGGAAACAGACGACCCCACCUCCGAAACAGUCUUUGACAUCUGUAUCAAUCAGAAAACCGAACGUUGUUGUGGAGCAACCGACUAGCUACCAGCGCGGCCUUUCUGGGCUGUCAAGCCCGAGCCUGGCUUCUUUAUCCCUCCUCGAAUGUUUGUUGAGGCUUGCCGGACUUCAGAAUUAUCAACAGACCUCGCAUUUAUUUGUCCAUGAUGAACUUUUAAAUCUCUUCCUCUCAGACGCCUAUAGCGAUGAAAAGAGUCGGAGGAAAGAACGGGCAACAGCAAAGAAGAAGAUUGGGUUUGAUCCAUUUGGCACACCCGCUCCCCCGCGUCGUGGAGUCGAAUUCAAUCCAACAGUCUCCGUGCUGGGGCAGGCGGCCGACUUCCGAAGCCGCUUAGCUCGUGGUGGUACCCCGCUAGACGAGGAUAGUUUCCAUGAAGAUGACGACAUUUCAUGGGUGCAAGAAGAUUCACCAAGUCGAGUACCACCCCGAACAAUUCCACACGCGCAACACGAGAAUCCUUUUCAAGGCAAUUCACCAGCACACUCAACGAAGUCCUCCAUCAGAAGCCCUGCAUUUACAUCGAAUUCAAUAUAUUACAGCCCGGCUAGUUGGGGAGCCUCCGAUUUGCCACCACCCACAGCCUUGCCUCCCGAUGCUCUCCCGUCGAAACUUCAAGCUGUUGGUCCAAUAUCGUCCCGGCUAAGAAAUGAAGUUCGAGGCCAACACCCAGCUUCAGAUAACAGUUUUCUCCGGCGGAAUGCUCAGCGAUAA